AUGGGCAACCCUUUCUCGAUAUCUCUUGAUCCGUGUGUAAACAAAGUCUCUAGCUGGAUUAACGAGAAAGUAGGUUAUAUACAUAAUCUGGAGAAUAAUCUUGUGACUUUGGAGACAACCAUGGAAGAGCUCAGGGCUAAGCGUGAUGAUCUGUUAACAAGGGUCACACGAGAGGAGGACAGAGGUCAUCAAAGGCUUGGCGAAAUCAAGGUAUGGCUUAAGAGAGUUGAGACUACUGAAAAAAAAGUCAAUGAUCUUCUUAGUGCUAGAGAUGAUGAACUUCAAAGGCUUUGUCUUUGUGGGUUUUGCUCUAAGAGUUUAAGAUUGAGAUCGAGUUGUCGUUAUGGGAAAAAGGUUUUCUUGACGUUGACGGAUGUUAAGGAACUCAGUUGUAGAGUAUUUGAAGUAAUUGUUGAGCAAUCUCAAACCCUUGAGGUGCAGGAAAGACAACUUCAACCCAUAAUUGUCGGUCAAGAAACAAUGCUCGACAAGGCAUGGAAACAUCUCAAGGAAGAUGAAGUUGGUAUUAUGGGUAUGUAUGGUAUGGGCGGAGUAGGUAAAACAACGCUUCUCAUGCAAAUCAACAAUAAGUUCAGUGAAGAGAGGUGUGGAUUCGAUUUUGUGAUUUGGGUUGUGGUGUCUAAAGAGUUACAUGUAGAGAAGAUUCAAGAUGAAAUCGCUCAGAAAAUUGAUGACAUAUGGGAGAAGGUGGAUUUAACAGAGAUUGGAGUCCCAUUUCCAACAACGCAAAACGGAUGCAAAGUAGUCUUCACCACUCGUUCCCAAGAAGCACUCAAUGUCAUAGGCGAGACCAUGUCAUGCAAGAGGACAGUGGAAGAAUGGCGUAGCACGAUAGCUGAAUUGACUCGGUACGCUACCGAGUUUGCUGACAUGAAAGAUAAGAUCCUUCCUCUUUUGAAGUAUAGCUACGAUAAUCUUAAGGAGGAGCAUGUCAAAUCAUGUAUAGAGAGGGCUGAGAACAAGGGGUAUGAGAUAAUUGGUGAUCUUGUUCGUGCAUCAUUGUUGAUGGAAGAGGAGGCUGAGAAGGAUGGAACAAGACGAGUGCGUAUGCAUGAUGUUGUUCGCGAAAUGGCCUUGUGGAUUGCAUCUGAAUUGGGAAAAGAAAAGGAGGCUUUCAUUGUGCAUGCAGGUGCAUGGUUAACUGAAAUUCCAAAGGUUAACAAUUGGAAGACUGUGAGAAGGAUGUCACUGAUGCAGAAUAGGAUUCGCAAUCUCGCUGGCAGUCCUGAAUGUCUUGAACUCAAAACAUUUCUCAUGCAAUGGGGAUUUCUGGAAAAUAUCUCGAGUGAAUUCUUCAAGUCCAUGCCAAGCUAG